AAAUGAACUCGGACAUAACAAAUCCGCACACCCAAACACAGACAAAUGAACUCGGACAUAACAACUCUGCACACCCAAACACAAACAUAUCAAGUAAGAUAUAACAACUCUGUACACCAAAAUAUAGACAUCAGAAUUUCCUACAUCCUAUAUUAUCUAAACGUUCCAAACUGCUCUUCAAGAUUUUGAGGCAAAAGUAAUCAUUCUCUGUCACAUUUAUGGAUCUAUAAAUCCAUGGUGAGGAGGGGGAGAGAGAGAGCAAAUAAAAAGAUUGUAAAAACAAACAGAAACAAAUAUAAAAAAUUAGGAAAGAAAAAUGAAAAGGGAAAGUAAAUUAAAGACAGAGCCAAGGCGUUACGCACUAUCUCUCUCUCUCUAAACUCCAUCACUCCCUUUUCCCACUCUCACACACCAUUUAUGUAUAUAUAUAUAUUCUCUUCCUAAACAAAACCAAAAUCAAAAUCAAAAUCCAAAUCUAAAUCCCCAGAAUUAUCCUCAACUCUUCCUCCUCCAACAAUGGUUUUGCCGUUUCUAUUCAUGUUUUUCUGUUUAUCUGCAACUGUUUUUGGUGAUUCCGAGGAGCUUAUAAGUUGGAAGAAACUGGCCAUGUUCGUUGAUGACUUGCCCGACAUGCCCAAGCUCCUUGGCUUCCAUGCCCAAUAUCCUAACCAUCUCCAGAUUGGCAUGUUCCUCAAAAAAUGGAAAUUUCACCGAGAUCUUCCCCCAACUUCUGUUUUUGCUUACGGAAUUUCCAAGGACACUGCAACAGUUCCUGGUCCCACAAUCGAGGCCGUCCACGGCAUCUCCACGUAUGUGACGUGGCUAAAUCACCUCCCUCCAAAGCACAUUCUUCCAUGGGACCCCACAAUUCCGACCGCCAUCCCCGCCAGCAACAACGGCGUCCCAACGGUGGUUCAUCUCCAUGGUGGCAUCACCGCGCCGGCUAGCGACGGCCAUGCAACCUCAUGGUUCACUAAUGGCUUCAAGGACAAAGGACCCUCCUGGACCCAAAAGACAUAUCACUAUACCAAUCAGCAACACCCUAGCAAUCUUUGGUACCAUGAUCAUGCCAUGGGGUUGACUAGAGUCAACCUACUCGCUGGCCUCAUCGGAGCUUAUAUAAUCCGCCACCCCGACGUCGAGGCCCCGCUCCGGCUCCCCCACGGCCGUGAAUUCGACCGACCGUUGCUUGUCUUUGACCGAAGCUUCCUCUACAAUGGCUCUAUCUUCAUGAAUUCCACUGGCAACAAUCCUUCCAUACAUCCCCAAUGGCAACCUGAAUACUUCGGCGACGUUAUCGUGGUCAACGGCAAAGCCUGGCCACGUAUGAGGGUACGACGUCGCAAGUAUCGGUUUCGCAUCAUAAACGCCAGCAAUGCUAGAUUCUUCAGAUUCUUCUUCACCAAUGGCCUUAGAUUCAUACAGGUGGCAUCUGACUCGGCCUACCUUGCAAAACCUGUAGUAUCCAAAGCUAUCCUACUGGCACCAUCUGAGAUUGCUGACGUGGUGGUUGAUUUUUCAAAGUCAACAAGCGACACAGUCAUCCUAGCCAACGACGCAGCCUACCCUUAUCCAUCUGGCGACCCCGUCAAUGAAGCUAACAGCAAAGUGAUGAAAUUUUACAUUUCGAAAAACAAAGAAGUUGAAAUGCAGCGUGUUCCCAAGAGACUAAUAAAAUAUCCGAAACCAGAUUUAUCCAGUGUAUCGUAUACUCGGUACAUUGCCAUGUACGAAUACACGAGCGACAUUGACGAGCCGACCCAUCUAUACCUAAACGGGAAACCAUAUGAAGCACCUGUGACAGAGAAGCCAAAGGUAGGCAGCACAGAGAUAUGGUAUGUGAUCAAUCUAACGGAAGACAAUCAUCCAUUACACAUUCACAUGGGGCUAUUGGCCGCAUUGGAACAAACGGAGUUGGUUCACCUGGAAGAAUUUAAGGAUUGUAUGACGAAAAAGAAUGAUGCAGUGAAGUGCAAAAUUGAAGAACAUGCACGUGGAAAGAGAAUAAAAGUAAAUAGUCAUGAGAAAGGGUGGAAGAAUGUGUACAAGAUGAUGCCUGGAUAUGUGACAAAGAUACUGGUGAGAUUUUCCCACAUACACUCGAAUGCAUCGUACCCAUUCGAUGCAACUGCAGAACCCGGUUACGUGUACCAUUGUCAUAUACUGGAUCAUGAAGACAAUGCGAUGAUGAGACCAUUGAAGCUGGUUUACUGAGAAGAGGCUGUGGGAGACAAGACCAACCUAACUCAAUCCAACUCAAUCCAAACGAAUGUUUCGAACUAUGGUUAUUAACUAAUUACUGUUUUGCUUUGUAAUGUAUACUGUACCCAAUAAACAUAACAGAAAGCCAAUUAGAAUGGAGUAUGCAAUUCAUAAAAAGGUGAGUUCA